CCGCUGAUAGUGAGCAGUUACUUUCGUCCGUCACGUUGCGCGCUCUGGACCAAUCAGGACACGGCAUUGGCAGCCCCGGUCACGGCCCUCGGCCCUCACGAGUUUCAUUCCCGCCUCGACGCCGCUUUAACAAUCGUCGCUAGCCGCAGCUCCGCUCUCGCUGUCAUCAUCAUCAUUAUUAAUCAUCGUUUUUUUAUUAUUGAUCAUCAUUAGCAGCCGCGUCUUAUGGUCAUCCCCAAGGCCCACCGCGUAAACUGUUCCAGUAGGCCAACUCAGAUCGCUGCGCCGAGUUUCAGACGCGGAGGCCCGGCGGCCCGGCUAGGCAAGCGGCGGGCUUCGAGCGAGAGGGUGAGAGACGCCAGGCCUCGGCUUUAAGUUAAUUGCUAAAACAAAAAAAUUAAGCCCCACAUACUGUAUGUAGCCGGCUCGCGUUAAAUGAUCUCUAACUCGAUCGCGUCGUCGUAGCUACAGACUGUGGGCACAUUCGACGCGAGCCACACGCGUGUUUCUCCGUGUGGCCGUGGGUCGUGGUGACUAGCAGAUGGUCUGCUGGUUGCCUUCUGUGUGGUGGACACUUUCUGAGAAGAAUAAUAACAACAACAACGACAACAAUUUGUCUUCUUCGUAGGCGAAUGUCUUCAUGCACGAGGUGAACGUGAACGCGUGAGCCUCGCGUGUGUGGAGCAUUCGCAGGCGGUUUCGGAUCAUCGGAACUUUUUCUGCACGAUGACAUUCUUUUAGAGCCGACAGAACCCCAACAGGUUGAGUGCUCCGGCGAUUGGUUCAAUCACGGCCUUGAACAACAGCAAACCAUCCUUAAUGCAUUUUCACUAUUCGCAUCACAGCUGCGCCCACCAUUACGCGUACUAUCUGCUAUAUUUAACCCACAUCGCUGCCUUGGCCUGCCUCGAGUCCUGCGGCUCCGCUUGUCCGACUACCGACCCCUGCUGCUCCCUUCAAAUCGGGCCCAAGCAUCAGCAGCAGCAGCAGCAUCAGCAGCAGCAGCAGCAGCUUCCCCGUCUUGCGCUGCUCAAGCGGCCAUGGCAAGGCCCGUCGUCGAUCGCCGUCCGAAUUCUCCCGAGCGAGGCUCCGUCGCGUCGCUCCGCCGGGAGGACCGCUCGCACGCCCGCUCGCAAUGACGCCGACGUGAGGAUGCCGGCCGAGAAAGCGGCCGCAGCCUACGCCAGCGCCUACGAGCCUCCGAGCGUCGCCGGCCUCCGCGGUGGUCCGGCCUUCGCGAGCGAGUUCGAUUCCGUGGCCGCCGCUGCCGCCGCUCUUCGUGGCAUUGCCGCCCGGACGUGAGCGGGUGGGUUGGUGAGCGCUGGUGCGGUUGGGUUCCCGGCGGAGGUUUGGGGCGGUCGGUGGUCCGGUGGUUGGGGGGGGUUGUGUGUGUGUGUGUGUGUCGCUGGGCGUUUUGCCGGAGGGCGAAUCGGCGACAUCCGGGCGCUCGCGACGGCCGGCAGAGCCGCGUCCGGUUGCAACGGCGUUGCCCGAGCGUGCCGAGGCGGAGGGGAGGAGGGGAGGGAUGGCGGGCGCCGCCCCCUCGCUGGAGUGGACCGUGGCCACCUGGGGGCUCGCCUCCCGCGUGGUGGGGCCGGCCGCCCGGGCCCUGCGCUGGCUCCUCUUCUGGGCCUACCUCUUCGCUCGCGGCCCUCGCGGCUCCGGCGCCGCCACGGCCGCCGUGCCGCCGGUGGACUCUGCUGGGGGGCCGCCGUCGACUAAGCAGCGCGGCGAGUUUUGCCGCAAACGUCGAGAGGGCGAUGACGGCGGCGGCGGCGGCGGCGGCGGCGAAGGCGGCGUUUGGGGUGAAUGGGGUGGGUGCCCGAGUGGUGGUGGAGAUGGUGCCGGUGGUGAACACCGCUGUGGCGGUGGUGUUUUUGACUGUGAAGCGACUGGAAGAUGCGUGGUGAGAGUUGGCGGCGGCGGCGGCGAUGGAAAUGUUCACCGCGAUGGCGCCGCCGAUGAUGGCGAAGACGGCGUCAGGACUAAGCGAGGAGAUGACGGCAGAGGCGGUGGCGAUUCGGGCGUUGUGACUCUGGCUGCAGGAGCAGACGGUGGUGGCGGUGACAACGGUGGUGAAGUUAUCGUCGUGAACUUUAAAUGUGGCGACGCUGGCGACGCUGGCGACAGCGCCGUCAGCGUCGCCUGCAGCAACGUUGACUUUGAGAAGGACGACGACGACGACGACGACGACGACGACGACGACGACGACGACGGCGACGACGACGACGACGCCGGCUUGGACUUCCUCGCGCCCUUCGUGGUCGUGGCCGGGCCCUGCACGUCGUCGCGGCCCGUCCACCUUGCCGUGGCGACGUUCUGCCAGGCGGCGCCGUCGCCGCGCGGCGACUCGGCGUUCAACAGCCUCGAGUCGGAGGACUUCGCUUCGCCCCCCCACGCCGCCGCCGCCGCCGCCGCCGCCGCCGCCGCCGCCGGCGGCGCCGGCAGCUUCGUCGGCGCGAAACCGAGCGGCGCCGAAGCGCCGUCGCCGCCGCGUUGCCGCAACCGCAACAUCGCCAUCAUCCUCGGCCUUCAGCGAGCCAGCGACGAUUCCGACGACGACGACGAUUCCGACGACGACGACGAUUCCGACGACGACGACGAUUCCGACGACGGUUUCGGCAGCGACACCAGCUGGAGCUCGGAGGGCGACUGCACCCAGCGGCGCCUGUGGGACGCCUUCCGCACCGCCGGCGAUCCCUACGACCUCCUCAACUUCACCGCGUGCACGGGCGGCGCGCGACGGGGUGGCGGGGAGCCGGCCGGCUCGGGCCACGGCCGGGCGGUGGGCCGGGUCGCCCUGCGCGGUCCCGAGGCCCCGGAGAAGCCCUCCGCCGCCCGGCACGCCGUGCCCGCCGCGGACCGGGAUUGUCCGGCGCGGGAGAGCCUCCCCGGCGAGUCGUCCGCCGCCGCCGCCGCCGCCGCCGGGAACCUCGGACGGGAGCGGCGGACGGGAGGGGCGUGGCUCGACGAGCCGGACGGCGCCCGGCCCGAGGCCUCCGCUUCCGAAACGCCGACUCGUCGCGAAGGCCCUGGCAGCGGCGGAGGAGGGGGAAUUCCCGGCUCCGGAGGGGGCGACGUGAGGGGCGGAGAGCCGGGAGCCACGCCAGCUGCGACGCGCACGCGGAAAACGGUGCGGUUCUCCCCGUGCGUGCGCGUGCGUCCCCUCUUCGCGUGGGACUUCGCUCUGCGCGCCGCUCGCCCGGGCCCCUGGGAGGCGAUGGCUCGCGACCGCCAGCGCUUCCAGCGGCGAGUCCACGAGGCCGCCGCCACCCUGGAGCCGUGCCUCCUGCCGGCACGCAGACUCGCAGCCUGGGAGCGCUUGCAGCGGCAGGAGCAGCAGCAGGAACAGGAACAGCAGCAGCAGGAACAGCAGCAGAAGGAUCAAUGACGUCAGCAGGAACAGCAGCAGCAGGAACAGGAACAGCAGCAGGAACAGCAGCAGGAACAGG